AUGAAACGAAGAAAAGGUAAAGAAAGUUGGGAAGAGUUUGAAAGAAGAGUUGGAUUAAAGCGAAGUGGCGAAGAAGAUCGAAAUCGUGCGCCAGAAAAAAGAGCGCUUGGUAAAAUCCCAAACGAUAUAUUGGUACAGAGGAUGUCGACUACUCCCAGUGGAAGAUUGAAAAAAUACGAGCCAUUGGAUACUAGAGAUUUUGUUUCAUUUUCAGAUUAUGAAGAGCUGUCAAUAGAGAAUAUUAAAGAUGCUUGUGAAGAAUUCUAUAGCGCACCGGCAGGAUCGUGUGAUAUUCUUGCCUCGGACAGAGGACCUUCGUGUACAAAAAUCCGUUUUUUACCACCUGCCGAGCAUGAUAGGCCACAACAGUCUAGAGUUCAGGGGUCAAAUUCCGCGCCAAUUUCACCAUCAAAGAUUGGAGAAAUCGACGGCCAUCAUCCUGAAACGCCAAGCCCCAAAUUGGCCAGAACAGUUUAUCCAAAAUCAGUAUCCAUUGGGGAUUUACUUCGGGCAGGGAAGUUGGUACGACCUCCACAGUUAACAACUCUCAGUUUGGAAAUGUUUGAUGUAGAAAAAUGCGAGUGGAUAAAAAAUCCCUUGACAUUGUCUAUUGAAAUAGAGGAAACCAAGUUUGACAGUGGUUGGACUUUUUUGUUGUUUAAAUAUGAAAAUAAAACUUGA